AUGGCGGGCAAUUCCUCCCACCCUAUCCACAUUCACCCGGUUCGGCCGCUCUACCGUUUCACUGCGACUGCUUUGGGCGCUAGCAUGUGGUUCUUCCUCAUGUACCGCGCCAAGAAGGAUGGUGCCGCUCUGUUGGGCUGGAAGCACCCUUGGGACCACUGA